AUGGACCGUGUCAUGAAGCGUCGGUCUAUUCCCGUGCAACUGAAUAGUCAAAACGAAAAGUACAAUGACAUUGUCCGUGCAGCAUAUAAUAAGUUGAGUGAGGAAAAUGUGAGGAAGCGAAAGGAGGAGUAUUUGAAAGAGAAAGAAGAGUACGAGAAAGAAAUGGAACGUCUUGUAAAAUUGAUAGUGCGAAAAGCACGGGUUCAGGUUAAGAUUCAUUAUCUUGAUCGAGUGAAAAUACUAAAACAUAAAAUGUCAAGGACUAUACAAAUAGCAAAGGCAUGGACAAAUGCUGUGAUCUCUGAAAGGGAUGCAUUGGAGAUUAAAAAUCUUGGGGCUUAUGGAAAAGAAAAACUGGCUGAGCUAAAUGAGCUAUAUAACAUUGCUGUUAGUAGCCAACGAAAGAUAUUAAAGAUUGCAGAAAUGCUCUCUUCUCAUCCGAGAGCAAAAGCUGCAUCGUCUGGGGCUGUAGCAUUGGACAAAGGAAAAAAAUCGCAGCAAAAAAUACAUACAAUGCACCAGGGUCCUGAUAACGAUGAAGAGUUGAAAUAUCAAUCUGCGGAAGAAGGGGGUGGCGAUGAGGAUGAUGGUGCUGAUGAAAUUGAUGAGGAAGGGUCGGAAGAAGAUGAGCGACAUACAGAGUAA